AUGGCCGCUCACGAGAAGCCGGACGCCGAAACAUCGAUUGCUUCGCCAACAUUGAUACAACACCUUGCUACCGUGCUCCCCAAAAGUGUUAGCUUCAAGAUAUACCACCUCUCUACCCCACCAACAAGGACAUCCGCGCUCUAUUUUCCGCCUCCCGGAACUCGACCCGAUCGAACGUACUGCGAAAGUCACUUUCUCACAGCUUCUAUCUGUACGCCAGCGAAGGACAAUGCAUCAGAGACGGUAGAAGUACUGGUUUUUGCGGUCGAGAUUCUGAUUUACUCAACGGCAUAUGACAGCACGUUCUUUGUCUCCAAGGCAGACUCGACAGGCUACUUGCGUCUUCUGGGCUUGGCCAAGGGAACGCCCUCUCCUAUCAGAGACAUCACUGCUACGUUCCUUCGCCAUCUUGUCGAACAGCACCAGCGACAGAAUAUUCGAAGUGUCAUCUCCCUGUUCGCCCGCGCCCAAGACCAAUAUCUCUUUCCUGGAAGCGUCGAAUAUAGUGGGAAACACGUUCUAGAUGACCGAGGGCUUGUCCGCUGGUGGUGUCGGGUUCUGGACCCACUGAUUGAGCAGUCAACCACUACGACAGCUGCGGACCCGUCACAAUGGGAGUCUGUCAAGGGAUACUUGACUAUUCCUGGUCUCGACUCUCACGAAACACUGUCCUAUAUCCCUAAGAACGCAGGCUCAAAUCAGCCAUGGCAGAUAGGGCACCCAUUGAAGGAGAUCUCAAGACAUUCGGAUGAUGUACCUCCCCGGUGUCUUAUCCCUCACUAUCCUGAUGAUCCAAAAGCAAGAUUCUUGGAUGAAUUAGACGACGAAGUAACGAAGAGCCGAAAUACAAAUGGCCAAUGGAAGAGUGUGAGAUCAAUCGAUCAAUUCUGGGAUAUGAUGGCCUUCCGACAAGAAUGUUCCGCUGGCAGACUAGUGGGGUUCAUAUGGAUUGUCUUCACUCCCAAAACUCUGCAUCAACCUACCGAGUCUGCGCUUGGAUAUAGCCAGAGCACCCUUUUCUCGAACGAUAGUCAGACUUGGGACUCCAGCUUCAAUGACGCUCCUUCAGCGUCACAGCAAUCAACAAAGUCCUCCAAACCCCCCACACCAGUCAAGAAGAAGAAAAAGCUCACGGGGCCCAUCAUUCCCCGGCAACCUCGCAUCAAAACCGAAAACAAAAACUACCUUCUUGACCGACCAGAAACAAGUCCUUACUACGUGUGGCAUCCCGAGAGUAGAGGACAGAUCAUUGUGGACGAGUCGAGCUAUAAACGAGUCACCGAGCUGCUUCUUCGUCUCGACUUUGCCAACCUGGAUCUUGCAACUUCAAGUUCCAACCGCUGGAUUAACGAAGUUCGCUCUGGAGCCCGGGGCAGCAUGAGCGAGGCAUGGGGCCAAGCUGUCACCGGAACAAAGGUCGUGGAAGUACGUACACAGGCUGCUGCUGCCGGUGUGAAUACAUUAACGAUGGGCUUGGUGAGGAAGAAGAGAAAGGGGGGGCCAGAGGAGUCGAAAGAGCCACCCGCUUCUUUCGCACUUGACACCGCGCCACCCGAGGUCAAUGUUCUGUCUUCAGGGAUGAUUCGAAAGAAAGUAAAAUCAUGA